AUGCUGAUAUUAUUAAUUAUUACUGUAACAACUGGACGGCUAAUUACAAAUCUAAAUAAGGGAUGGAAAUUCAGAAGGUCUGAUAAUAACUCUUGGUAUCCUGCGAAUGUUCCAUCCACUGUUCAUAUGGACUUAAUUGACAACAAAUUAAUUGAUGAUCCUUACUAUGGUAAUGUGUUUUAUUGAUAAAUGCAGAGGACAAUUUGUUGAGCAUGUAUGAGUUGGAAUUGGAGGAUUGGGAAUAUAAGUUGGAAUUUACGAAUAAGGAAUUUGAUUAUGACAUUAAUGAAUUGGUAUUUGAAGGGUUAGACACUCAUGCUGAUGUGUAUCUAAAUGAUAUCCAAGUAUAUAUAUGCGGAGUAAUAGGAAGAUAUUAAAAGCCAAUAAUCAACACAGAACCUGGAGAGUGAUGAUCUAAAACUUAUAGGAUUAAAACACUCUAAGAAUAUACUUUCAUUCUGCUGCCACUCAUGAUCUAAUGAAGUAGUUAUAAGAUAGUCCACUCAACUUGCCUUACAAUUAUACAUAUUCGAGGAAGGCAGCCUAUCAUUAUGGAUGGGAUUGGGGACCAAGAAUAGUAACAUGUGGCAUAUGGAAAGAUGUUUAUCUAGACCAAUAUGAUUAUGGAAGGAUUGUGAGCAUGCACGCUAAAGCACUUAAAAUAUAUGAGAGAAGUGUUGUUGUUGAAAUUAAUAUCGAAACUUAUUUAAUAAAUGUAGGUACUUACUCUAUCGAAGUACAAUUCAAGGGGUUGGAUGAAAUUACAAUCAACAAUCAAUACCCUUUAAAUAUUGUGAACACCAAAUUCUUAUAUAAUAUGUCCGAUAUAGAAUUGUGGUGGCCAAUAGGCUAAGGCUAACAAAAAUUGUACUAAUUGUAGGCAUAUUUGAUUAAAAAUGAAUCAUACGUGGAUUAUCUGAAAAUUACAACAGGCUUUCGAGUUGCGCAGUGGAUUCAAGAAAAGGAUGGAGACAAGACUUAGUCCUUUAAAUUUAGAAUCAAUGGAAGAGUAUAUAAUCUUAAUAUUAAAAAAAGGAUGUGUAUUUGAAGGGUGCCAAUUACAUACCACCAGAAAUGUUUUUGCCUCGAGCCUUGAAGAAUCCAUCUAUUUAUGAGAGAAUAUUCUAAGAUUCAAUUGCUGCCGGUUAUAAUGGAUUGAGAUUUUGGGGGGGAGGAUAGUUUGAAUAUGACAUCUUUUAUGAACUUGCUGAUAAAUAUGGGAUUAUCAUUUGGCAUGAUCUUAUGUUUGCUUGUGCCAUGUACCCAGGAACUGAUGAUUUUAUUGCCAACGUCUAGGCAGAAUUAAAAGACAAUGUCAAAAGACUUAGAAUUCAUCCUUCUAUUGUGCUGUGGGGUGGAAACAAUGAAGUAGAAAUAGGAUGGAAAGAAUGGGGUUGGAAGAGGAAUAGAGUUGAAUAAGAGGUUUCGAUGCUUCAACAAUGGUACAAUAUAUUGUUCUUGUAAGCUAUUCCAAAUGUUCUCACUGAAUUACAUCCAGAAAUGUAUAUGACUGUUUAUAUUCUAGAUAUUAUUGGCCUACAUCUCCAUCCACUUCUGUUAAUGAUGUUGAGCAAUUAGGAUCCGGAGACAUUCAUUAUUGGGGAGUAUGGGCAGCCAAGCAUUAAAUUGAGAAUUAUACUAAAUUCAUAGGCAGAUUCAAUAGUGAGUAUGGCAUGUAAGCCAUGAUUGAUGUCAAUAAUUUUAAGAAGGCUGUCCCCAAACAGUAUGACUUGAACUUCGAUUCCCCAGUAUUUCAGAUACAUGAAAGACAUGUAAGAGGGAUUCCCUUAAUCAAAGAAUACUUAAAAAACUAUACUAAUUAUAAUAGUUAUGCUCAUUCCUUUUUGCAAUUAACCUAUUUCUCCUAAAUUAUCCAACAUUUAUCUUUGCAAACUGCCAUCACAUCAUUAAGAUCUGCUAAACCCUACAAUAUGGGUACCUUUUAUUGGCAAAUUAAUGAUGUGUGGCCAGUAAUCUCUUGGGCUUCUGUGGAUUAUUAUGGUUGCUGGAAAGCAGGACAUUACGCUGCAAAGAAGUUUCACUCAGACCCAGCUCUUACAGCUAUUUAAAAUGAAGAUUAGAUUCAAGUCUAUUUAAUAAAUGAUAAUGUUGUUAAUUACUCUGGAAAUGUGACUUUAGAGUUGAGACAAUAUAAUGGUUUUAUUGUUAAGUCAUGGGAAUAUAAGUUUUAAGAGAUCUCUUAAAAUGCCUCGAAGAGACUAUUGAAUUAUUAUAUUCAAAAUUACAACUAAACAUACAGAUCCUUAUAUUUGUAGAUGAAGUAAAUUCAAACAAAAUAAUAGUUUUUAUUGCGAUCAAAAAAACUGUGAUUAUCGUGGAGUGUACAAUUUUGGCAGACCUAAAGAAUGGCAGCUCUAGAAACCCGACAUUUCUUAUACUCAAUAAGGUAAUACAAUUACUUUUAUAUCUAAAUCAUUGGCUAAAUAUGUUUAUGUAUUUAGUAACUCGGAUUGCAUCAAUCUCUCCGAUAAUUUCUUUGAUUUAUCCCCUGAUAUUCCUUAUAUGAUCAAUAUGAAGGAAUCCAAAAAGUUUAGUUUCUUCAGUUAUUAUGAUGUAUUGGUAACUGCAAUCAAUAGUGACCUUCAAUUAUUGAGUGAAGGAAUGGCAGCACUUAUGUUGUAUAUGAUUUUAUGAUUAUCCUUAGAUCUGAAAGUGAUUGAGAC